AUGUCUGCCAAGAAGGAAUCUUUCGGGUCACAUCCGGAGGACUGGGAUGAAGCGGAGAAGAGCCAUUGGCAAACUACCAAAUACACAAGAGAGAAAGAGGAUAUGAGAAACCAGAAGGAGUAUCGUGUCCAUGCAGAUCAACUGAGAGCUCAGCUUGUCCAUUUGUACGACAGAAAGACUCAGCUUCAGAACGAGCUGCGGGCGAUAGAAGGCGACAUCGAGAACCACGAGAAGGAGCAGGAACGACUAGCUCACGAAUUCGACGACAACGAAGCUCGUAUUGCAUCCCGGCGCAAAGUCGAAGAUGAGGCGCGAGAGUCAUAUUUCGCUCGUCAUCGCGAGGUAGCAGCGUCUAAGGAGAACGUACGACCUAAGAGCAGUAGCGGAACCCGUCGCCAACCUAGUCGUGAUAUAUCGUCCCAGGCUAAUGGCGCUGGAUGGACUAGCAUCAAUGGUACGCGACGUCGUAGUCGGCGAGAAGAGGAGGAAGAGCCUCCUGUAGAUCCAGGUAACCUUCUUAGCAGCAUCUACCACAACCCCGUGGAAGAAUCAGAUUCGCUCAACGGCAGGUCCAUGCCUCUACGUAGCAGCAACAACCGUGGCCGUACCAGCCUGAUUUCUAAUGGUAUGAUUACGGAGACUAAUGCAGAUGUCUCUGACGGUAUUCUAGCUGCUCGAAUAAAAGAUAGGCCCCUCAAGCCUAAGCAGCGACAUAGCUUACCCGGUCUUCCAGCUGCGGCCCGUUCGCCGAUUGGCAGGCCAUCUAUCCCCGAGUUGAUCGGCGAGGCUCCUAUAAAACCCUCUUCUGGCCGAAGGUCGCUGCCAAGUGCCAAGGGUUCUGCACCCCCGACGGAAAGAUCAACACCGGUGCCUAUCGAGGCUCAAGAGGUUACCCGUGAAAGGUUGGCGCUGAAAGAUGACGGCAAAGUCAUGACGGAGCCUUCGAUGUAUGCUGGUAUCCCCCUCGAACGAAUCGACAAGGAUCAUCCGUAUUGGGACCCUGAGUGGGAACCGUUGGAAGCUAUCAUUCAACCACAGCUAGAUAAGUGGAAAGAAAAGCUAGACCAGCUUCGAAGAGAUCCCCAAUCUGUUCGCCACACGGUUUUCCUUGCCAACCGCCAAGUUAACAGGGGCCAGUCUGUCGUUGAUUUCCUCAGAGACGGAGAGUGGCACCCCUACCAGUUUGUGGGAAAGGAUAUGAUGAACAAGUUUUACAAGACUUUUAUCAACUACGAUACCAUGUUCCGCUUAGUCAAUGUGCACGAGGAGCUCAAGAAGUUUGACCUCGACAUGACCCCGCUUGAAUGGCUACGACAACGAAUGUACGAUAUCGCGGAAGCGCAGGGAGACAAGUUCAACCUGUCCAAGAUAACCCACGAUCUAUAUCACGAUGCUAGCCUAAAACUUCUGAGAGAAAAACAUGGUUUCGGCAAUAUUGGGCGGCCUUCAGGUUACAAGCUCAGAGACAAAGAUCCGGAAAAGGCCGCGGCUAAGAAGAUUAAGCAGGAGUCAACUGGGUUGGUGCGACGAAAGCCCCGCCGCUCUAUCGGACAAGUCGAUCCGGAUGACACGCCUAACGUGGAGGACAUUCAGAAGGGAUCCGAGCAGCCUCAAGAAGUUCUAGAGCCCGUUACGCCGCGCUUGCAAAAGCGUCAGCGCAUCGAGCCGGCACCUUUGCCCUCGCAUCCCAAGCCAGAACCCGAACCCGAAGAGGACGACCUCGAAUACAGCGGUUGGACGUCGACGGACUCCUUUUCUGCCGGGCGAAUCAUGCACCUGGACUGGCGCGUGUAUCAGAUCAAGACUCACGAUUUGACCACGAGCACGGAAGUCACCCAAUACUGGACUUGGAAGCCGGAGAAGGGGUUGUUUGAACAUCAAGUGCUACGAGACGUCCAUCCCAAGGUGACGUGGGGGUUCUAUCAAAAGCCUAUCAACUUCGAUCUAGCAGUAGACGAGAUAAAGGAGAUUCAGUACGCAUCGGACAGCCAAAAGGUGCUGGUAUCCGUCAGUGACGAGAAGCGUGGCUGUGUCUUAGCCUACUUCAAGAGGGAACGAACCAAGAGGCGAUUCCUCGCCUUCGCCAAGAGGAAGGGCAUCAAGCUCGUCAAGGGCACCGGGUAAGCAACUCGAAACAACAUCAACAAUUUAACUGUUCUACAAGGCCCUUUUGCUAACAACUCGUUUGUAGUGCACAACUCGAGAACUCGUGGGACACGAUGGAGUCCAGAACGAUGCCGAACGAGGAUUCGGAUACAUAGACGCGCAUUCAACUGCCCCAUAUUGUCUUUUAAUCCCACCCUUUGUGGAUAUUUCCCUUUUUUCGGUUUUUUUCUUUUUUGGCGGCAUUCUACGGACAAUCGACAUCAUCCGUCGAUAUGACGAGGGGUUUUAAUACAGGACCACCGCAAGGAAACUGGAGGCUUUUUCGUCGUCAUCGUCAUUAUCGUCAUUUGUCUCUCGAUUCAAUAGCAGCACGUAUUUGCA